AUGGCUCUCUUUGUGCGCCAGGUCGCCACCUUGACUCUCAAGAAUCUCCUGGCUGCUUUUGUCCGGCGCUGGUUCUCAACCACCAUUCGAGCGUUUCUCUUGCCUUGCAUCUUCGUCGGAUUUCUAUCUUACGCGCGCUUUCUGUUCAUUCCUCCCAGUGUCUAUGGCAUCGGUGACCCUACCCCAAUUCGAAGUUUGUCUGAGGCACUUGACCUGGUCUCCGGCGGCAGAGAUAAACUUGUCUUCGUCAACAAUGGCUUCUCGGAUGGUCCAAUUCAAUUAGUCAUUGACAAGGUGGUGAAUGAUACUGGGUCAUUUGGUGGUCGAAUCGAGAUAUUGUCCCAAGAGCAGGAGCUUUUGACGGUGUGCCGGAACUCAAUCAGGGGAACUUCAUCAUGCAUAGCGGGUGCCGUCUUUUUCUCCUCGCCCUCUGAAGGAGAGGCUGCUCACUGGAAUUACACCAUACGGGCAGACGGCGGACUCCAGUCUAAGAUCGUGACCGACUCCUCCAAGAACGACAACGAGAUCUACUUACUUCCCCUCCAGCACGCCAUCGACCGUGCCAUCUCUGAAGUUGAAGCCGGAACCAAUGGAGCCACAGUCCUGCCCAACGCAGCAGAUGAAUAUCCCUAUACCUCUCUGACGAAACAGGAGCGCUUAAACCGGAUCCGGACCCGAUAUAUGGGAGGUAUCAUCGACAUCUUAGCUGUCGCUUUCUUCAUCGGGGUGGUAGGUGUUACCUAUCAGCUUACCGGUGUCAUCGCCUCAGAGAGAGAAAAUGGCAUGGCUCAACUUCUUGACUGCAUGAUGCCGAAUCUGAAGCGAUGGCAACCACAAAUGGCACGGAUUAUCGCGAACCACCUGGCAUUCGACAUACUUUACGGACCUGGCUGGAUCAUCAUGGCCAUUAUUCUCUGCGCAGGCGUCUUCAGCAAAACCUCCGCCGCAAUCGUCAUCAUCUUCAAUAUUCUAGCCGGGCUUUCAAUGUCAUCCUUCUCGAUCCUGGGAGGUGCAUUCUUUAAAAAAGCUCAACUUAGUGGAAUCACCUCUGUCAUCGUAAGUCUUUUACUCGCUAUCAUCGCGCAGGUCGCCAGCAAAGCCGGAACAGCAUCUGUUGCCAUACUAUCUCUUCUAUUUCCACCUAUGAAUUACGUAUAUUUUACGAUUUUUAUGGCUCGCUGGGAGAGGCAGGAUCUCGGAACGAAUCUGGUGAAACGAGCGCCGGAGAACACAUCUGCUUUGCCCGGUAUCGCUCUUUGGAUCUUUUUGAUAAUCCAGAUUCUUGUUUUUCCUAUACUUGGUGCUUAUGUAGAACGCACACUGUAUGGCACAGCCUCGCAGAGUCGGAGAACCACGUAUUCGGAUGACAAUACGUCCAUCUCAUUAUCUGGAUUUACCAAGGAAUAUCCACCUUCAUGGCUUGCACGAGUUCGUGCACUAUUUACGAGGAAACGACUCACGACUGUACUCGCCGUUGACAAUCUAACCUUGGAUGCAACAAGAGGGCAAAUUGUAGUGCUGCUUGGUGCCAAUGGUAGUGGCAAAUCCACCACUUUGGACGCAAUUGCUGGCCUCAACUCUAUCACCUCGGGAGAGAUCACCGUCAAUUUCCCCGAGGCGCACACAGGGCUAGGAUUCUGUCCUCAGAAAAAUGUGCUGUGGGAUGAUCUCACUGUGGAAGAGCACGUUCGCAUUUUCAACAGGAUUAAGAGCCGAAAGCCAUCCUCGAAAGAAGAAAGCCUACAACUCUUGGCUUCGUGCGAUAUCGACCGAAAGUCCGGUGCUCGGUCAAAAACAUUGUCUGGGGGCCAGAAGCGCAAGUUGCAACUGGCAAUGAUGUUUACCGGCGGCUCGCGAGUAUGUUGCGUGGAUGAGGUGUCCUCGGGUCUCGAUCCACUGUCCCGGCGAAAGAUUUGGGAUAUUUUGCUUGCUGAGCGUGGGUCCAGGUCAAUCGUUCUCACGACGCAUUUCCUGGACGAGGCCGAGCUACUUGCCGACCAUAUCGCGAUACUGUCGAAGGGUAUUCUAAAGGCUUCCGGGACCUCGGUGGAGCUCAAACAUAAACUCGGCUCAGGUUACCGAGUCCACGUCUACCACACCCACGGAUCUCAGCACCUUCCGACUUACAAGGAUGUCAGUCACAUUCGACGAGAUGAUCAAACGAUUUAUGCCUUGACGGACUCAGGAAAAGCCGCAGACUUUCUCCGCCGGAUUGAAAGUGAGGGCGUCGUAGAGUAUCAGGUUAAUGGUCCUACAAUCGAAGACGUCUUUCUGAAGGUUGCUGAGGAGGUCAAACUGGUACAGCAACCAGGUGAAAAGACGGGCACCAACCACAUCCUGCAGGAGGUUGGUAGUCACAGCAGCACUGAGAUCGACCCCGACAACGCGGUCAAGGCAAUGAUUAGAGACGAAUCAUCAGGAGAACCUCCUCAGCUUCUGGAUGGACGCAGGAUCAGCAUGCCCAAACAAGCUCUGGUCCUCUUCUCAAAGCGAUGGGUUGUACUUCGCCGGAACACUCUUCCCUAUCUUGCGGCACUACUGAUUCCAAUCAUUGCAGCCGGCCUUGUCACCCUCUUCCUCAACAACUUUCAAAAGACUACCUGCAGCCCUGCAUCGUUAGCUCUGGUGUCCGAUAUCGAGUCUUUAUCAUCGCAGGUCAAUUAUGAUCUUGUGGCAGGACCACGAGAUCGGCUCGGUCAGAAUGCUAUUCAGCUCUUUGCUUCCACCCUAGCAGGCAGCACGGGAGUCGCGGGAAUUGCGGCCAACACUACAAAGUUGCUAGAUUCGAUCCACCUUGUCGAUACCCUCGAUGAGUUCAACAAUUACAUCGACACUAGAUUCGCCAAUGUGACCCCUGGUGGCUUUUUCCUAGGGGACAGCACUUCACCACCGACCUUUGCCUGGCAGGGGGAUGGAAAUAUUGCGUUUUCGGUCAUCAUACAAAAUGCCAUGGACACCUUGUUGACCAACAGUUCCAUUUCAACCCAAUACCAAGCCUUUGACGUGCCGUGGGGUGCAGAUGUCGGGAAAGCGUUGCAACUGAUCACGUAUUUUGGGCUCGCCAUGGCCGUCUACCCGUCAUUCUUCGCUCUGUAUCCAACAAUUGAGCGGCUGCGCAACGUUCGAGGUCUCCACUACAGCAACGGCGUCAGGUCAGCACCUUUGUGGUUUGCGUACACUACUUUCGACUUCGUCAUUGUCGUGCUCACAAGCUCGAUUACCAUUAUCAUCUUCCGGGCUGUCACCGAUGUCUGGUAUCAUAUUGAAUACCUCUUUGUGGUGUUUUUUUUGUAUGGGUUGACGUCGACACUGUUAUCAUAUGUCAUAUCCCUCUUCUCGCGGUCGCAACUCGCAGCCUUUGCAUUUGCAAGUGGUGGUCAGGCCGUGAUGUUCCUGCUUUACUUCAUUGCUUACAUGUCCGUUCUCACCUAUUCACCGAUCGACAAGAUAGACCGGAACGUCAACAUCUGUCACUUCACAAUUGCGAUCAUCUCUCCCGUUGCAAACCUAACCCGCGCGUUGUUUGUUACUCUCAAUGUAUUUUCGAUCACAUGCCGAAAUCGAGAAUUUGCUUCUUAUGCUGGGUCUAUGACCACGUUUGGCGGUCCCAUCUUGUAUUUGAUCCUGCAGUCAUUUUUGCUAUUUGGGCUACUUCUGUGGUGGGAUUCGGGUCCAUUGUUUCGACAUUUUCGCAAGAAGCAACAAGAAGAGGAGGUGGAAGAGAGAGAUACCGUGGAGGCAGAAGUCUCCAACGAACUCACGAGGGUGUCAUCAUCGCAGGACGGUCUUCGGGUUCUGAACCUGAGUAAGCGAUUCGGCAAAACGCUCGCCGUCAACAAUGUCACGUUUGGAGUGCCUCGAAGCGAGGUCUUCGCCCUUCUUGGGCCAAAUGGCGCUGGAAAGUCGACGACAAUAUCUCUGAUUCGAGGUGACAUUCAGCCCAGCCGUCGAGGAGGCGACAUUUUAGUCGACAAUAUCUCCGUGAUCCGACAUCGGGCCCAGGCGCGCUCUCGCCUUGGAGUCUGUCCUCAAUUUGAUGCGAUGGAUACCAUGACUGUGUCUGAGCAUCUGUAUUUCUACGCCAGAGUCCGUGGUGUCAGUGAUCCUCGCCAUAACGUGGAUGCCGUGAUGCGUGCUGUUGGCUUGGAGCAGUAUGCUGAGAGGAUGGCGGCCAAAUUGUCCGGUGGCAACAAGCGCAAGUUGUCUCUUGGUAUUGCACUUAUGGGCAACCCGAGCGUCCUCCUCCUGGACGAGCCCUCAUCGGGCAUGGAUGCGGCGAGCAAGCGCGUCAUGUGGAGGACGUUGGAAUCGGUGGUGCCUGGUCGAUCUCUGGUGCUCACAACACAUUCGAUGGAAGAAGCAGACGCACUCGCGACAAGAGCUGGUAUCAUGGCAGGCAAGAUGUUGGCGCUUGGUACAACCGACUACCUUCGCAGAAAGCACGGAGACGCGUAUUAUGUGCACCUCGUACAUGGCAGAGCCCCACACGCAUCGGAUGAUGACAUGUUGCGCAUCCGAGACUGGAUUAUGUGCAGUUUUCCCGACGCGAAUAUCGAGAGCAAAGUAUACGCAGGCCAAAUACGCUUCUCUGUGCCAACCAAAGGGUUGUACGCAAGCAAAGAUGGCGAAAUUAGCGCGGAGUCUGGCAUUGCGUCGCUGUUUACCGCCCUCGAGAAGAACAAGUCAGAGCUGCAGAUUGAGUACUACAGCGUCAGUCGUGCAACCUUGGACCAAGUCUUCCUCAAUAUCGUGGGCAAGCACAACGUCGAAGAAGAGGGCGGCGAGACCACUUCCACAGCAAAGACCGGUUUCAUCAAGGAGCUGUCACGAGUGAGCACUCGUUUAGUGCACAAAUGA